UCUGAAUCUCCAAACUUAGACACACCAUUUGAAUACUUUGCAUUGCUACAGAAACAGCAGUGAAAUACAAAACCCCUUCGCACCGAAAAGGCAGCUUUAACUCCUCCCAAGCUGGGAGACGCUGAAAGCUUAAAAUAACAUCCACACAAAUUCUGCACAUAGUCUCCAACAUAUAUCAUCCGUGUCCCCUGGUACCUGCCACACAUCCGCAGUCAGAAGGACAUGGGACUCCCAUUUAGCUCGCGGCGUAUUAGCCUUUCGGGUUAGUUAAUAAAGAGCUGGCAGAGACACGGGGAGUAGAAAUACAGUCGACAGAGGAAAAAAAGAACAGAUUGCAUGCUGAAGAGGCAGGCAUCUGCUUCAAAGAGAUGCCUGGUAACUAUGGAUGAGGAGAAAAAGCAUCUUUGACGUCAGGAAUAAUGAUUGGUCUCUCAUCCGGGUUCCCUGUGCUAGAGUUAUUUGUGUACACAGAGAUUUGCACUGGUCCUACUUUGUGAGGAGUUCUUCGUCUAUUCGUACAUUUUGGAGACGCUCCAGUUCAGCUUCUUACAAUUAUCUACCACCCUUUCUCCCUCUCCUCGUUAUCUCUCGGAGGGAAGGAGGAUUUGUGACAUUCUGCAGAAUGAUUGGGGCUGAUGAAUAUUUCAUGGUUCUGGAAUGGAGAUUGCUUUGGUGAGUUUGGAAAACGGAGGAGUCCCAGCUGUAGCUGGCAGUGGGGAGGAUGGGGGCUCUGCUAUGGCAAUCAGCACAACAAGCAGGAGAAAUCUGCUUCAGAUCCCUAGAGCUCCAUCUUGGCUGAACGAUUAUAGCCAAGAAAAAGACGACGGUAAGGAAAGCUGCCAGCAACCACCUCAACCUCAGCAGCAAUAUCAGCCACCGGGGACCAGCCAAGUAGGAGGUGGAGGAGGAGAAGGUGGAGGAGUUGUGGGCGAUCACUUGCAAAGCAGCAACAUGAUCAAGAGCCAUACUGGCAGCAACAUUAAGGACUGUGGAAUUGAGACAGUAAUCCGACUGGAUGAAGAAGAACCCCAUACCCACCAACCCCACUCGGAGGAAGACGAGGACCCCCACUUUGACCUGGGUAUCAUGGACCAUGAAACCAACCAGAGAGUGAUUAUCAACAUUGCUGGUCUGAGGUUCGAAACACAACUAUCCACCCUCAACCAAUUUCCAGACACUUUGUUGGGAGACCCUGAAAAGAGAAUGAGGUUUUUUGACCCCCUAAGGAAUGAAUACUUUUUCGAUCGUAAUAGGCCCAGCUUUGAUGGCAUUUUAUAUUUUUACCAGUCUGGGGGCAAGAUCCGUCGCCCGGUCAACGUUUCCAUUGAUGUAUUUGCAGAUGAAAUCCGUUUUUAUGAGCUGGGUGAGGAAGCAAUGGAAAGGUUCCGGGAAGAUGAAGGUUUUCUCAAGGAUGAGGAGAAACCCCUUCCUCGAAAUGAGUUUCAACGUCAGGUAUGGCUAAUAUUUGAGUACCCAGAAAGUUCAAGCUCUGCCAGAGGCAUAGCCAUAGUCUCCGUGCUCGUAAUACUUAUUUCCAUCAUUACCUUCUGCUUGGAGACCCUGCCUGAAUUUAGGGAUGAGAAUGAGCUUCCUCCAGCACUGUCCAAGGUUCUGAACAACACCCAGCAAUCUGCUCCCCUCAGUGGCCUCACAGAUCCCUUCUUCAUCAUUGAGACUACCUGUGUCAUCUGGUUCACAUUUGAACUGCUAGUCAGGUUUUUUGCAUGCCCAAGCAAGUCUCACUUUUCUAAGAACAUCAUGAACAUAAUUGACAUCGUGGCCAUUAUCCCCUAUUUCAUCACACUAGGGACUGAGCUGGCCGAACAACAAACUAACAAUGGACAGCAGGCCAUGUCUUUGGCCAUCCUCCGAGUCAUCCGCUUGGUACGAGUUUUCAGAAUAUUUAAACUUUCGAGGCAUUCUAAAGGACUCCAGAUACUGGGACAGACGUUAAAAGCCAGCAUGAGGGAGUUGGGUUUGUUGAUAUUUUUUCUCUUCAUUGGAGUUAUUCUUUUUUCCAGUGCAGUGUAUUUUGCCGAAGCAGAUGACCCAGAAUCUCAUUUUUCUAGUAUCCCCGAUGCUUUCUGGUGGGCCGUAGUAACCAUGACUACUGUGGGCUACGGGGACAUGAGACCAGUGACGGUUGGAGGUAAAAUUGUGGGUUCCUUGUGCGCCAUCGCCGGUGUGCUGACCAUUGCUUUGCCAGUUCCUGUCAUUGUCUCUAACUUUAACUACUUCUAUCACAGAGAAACUGAUCAUGAUGAGCAGGUGAUUCUCAAGGAGGAACCGAGCAGCGGACAGGGCAGCUGUGCUGGUGAUCUUAAGAGAAGUCCUAGCAAAUCCUCAUUCAACAAGUCUGUAGUGCACUUGGAGAACCUUGAGGGUAUCAAUAACGGGACUGGGUCAUUAGAAAAGACUAAUCUUAAAGCAAAGAGCAACAUGGACCUCAGAAAGUCCCUGUAUGCUCUGUGUCUGGAUACCAACAGAGAAACAGAUCUGUAGGAUCAGCUUCAACCCCCCCCACCCCUCAAACAAGCAUAAAACGGCUUAAUAACUCAACACGGAAUUGUAAAUGUAACAAUAGGGAAUUUUGUACUCUCUAAGUAGCAGUUGAACAGUAUUUGCUGUUGAAACGCAUUUUAUACGUUUUACAGUAUUGCGAAACACGCGUACAUUUUAUAACGGGUUAAUGUCCUUGAGUGAGAUUUUUUUUUUUGGUUCUCUAUUAUAAUAAAGAUAGUUUAUUUUUAAAAGUUGGUUACAAAAUGUAGCUAGGGCCAGAGCAGA